AUGGUUUACCUAGCGACAUCACAAGACUAUCUCAAGCAGUCGUCACUAUUACUUGAAGCAUACCCAGACACAACCCGAAUAACCACAAAAUACUCCUACCCUAAACGCCCCUCUGCGAAAGAACGAGCCAAAGCAAAGUCAAAAACAGCCGCUUCAGAGUCCACAGAAACUCCGGAGCCUACUGCCGCACCCGCAACACUUACCUUAAAAACAUUCCACCCCACUACAGGAAUAUGUCUGAAAUACCGAACGAACAAAGCCGCGGAAGUGGGCAGGCUGAUCGCUGGGUUGGGUAAGCUGGCUAGUGGUGCUCCCAUUGAAGAUUUUGUACCGGCUCCAGUACCAGUGAAGUCGGUGGCGGGUGACGCGGAGGAUGUUGAUAUGCCGGAUCCAUCGGCGGCGGCGGCGGUUGACGAAGGUAGCAGGAGUAAUACGCCGGCUGUAGGUGGUGCUGGUGGAGGAGGGGGCAAGCCAGCAAAGGGGAAGAAAAAGGGCAAGGGCAAGAAAUAG